GUGUUACCCCAGUAGUAAGGAGAUUACAUGAGGAGGAGGUUUGUUACAGUGUGUCACCCCAGUAGCAAAGAGAUUACAUGAGGAGGAGGUUUGUUACAGUGUGUUACCCCAGUAGUAAGGAGAUUACAUGAGGAGGAGGUUUGUUACAGUGUGUCACCCCAGUAGUAAGGAGAUUACAUGAGGAGGAGGUUUGUUACAGUGUGUCACCCCAGUAGGAAGGAGAUUACAUGAGGAGGAGGUUUGUUACAGUGUGUCACUCCAGUAGUAAAGAGAUUACAUGAGGAUUGUUACAAUGUGUCACCCCAAUAGUAAGGAGAUUACAUGAGGAGGAGGUUUGUUACAGUGUGUCACCUCAGUAGUAAGGAGAUUACAUGAGGAGGAGGUUUGUUACAGUGUGUCACCUCAGUAGUAAGGAGAUUACAUGAGGAGGAGGUUUGUUACAGUGUGUCACCUCAGUAGUAAGGAGAUUACAUGAGGAGGAGAUUUGUUACAGUGUAUCACCCCAGUAGUAAGGAGAUUACAUGAGGAGGUUUGUUACAGUGUGUCACCUCAGUAGUAAGGAGAUUACAUGAGGAGGAGAUUUGUUACAGUGUAUCACCCCAGUAGUAAGGAGAUUACAUGAGGAGGAGGUUUGUUACAGUGUGUCACCCCAGCAGUAAGGAGAUUACAUGAGGAGGAGGCUCCUCCUCUUCUCCUGAAUGACCCCCAAGGAUGGAGAAGGACAGGAAUGAGAUGACAAAGAGAAUAUUACACUUCACCUUGGAGAUCCUCCACAUGCUGACUGGAGAGGAUUACACCAUAGUGAAGAAGAGAUGGGGGGAGUGUGUGGCCCCCAGCAGCCAUCUCAAUGAGCCAGGAGAACCAAGCAGAGUCCAGGGCCCCACUAUGGCGCCUCCACCUCUCUCACCGAUACAUGAGGAGAAGAUCCUAGAACUCACCCACAGGAUCACUGAGCUGCUGACUGGAGAGGUUCCUAUAAGGUGUCAGGAUGUGUCGGUCUAUUUCUCCAUGGAGGAGUGGGAGUAUGUAGAAGGACACAAGGAUCUGUACCAGGACAUAGUCAUGAUGGAGGAUCACCGGCCCCUCACAUCACAAGAAAAUCCCAGUAAGAAUUCUGAGGGAAACGUCAUGUUAUCCCUGAAUGAUAAAGAAGAAGAUGAAGAUAUGAAUGAGCGCUCCUCAGGAGAAGAUGGAGAGAUCAUGGAGCGCUCCUCAGCAGAAGAUGGAGAGAUCAUGGAGCGCUCCUCAGCAGAAGAUGGAGAGAUCAUGGAGCGCUCCUCAGGAGAAGAUGGAGAGAUCAUGGAGCGCUCCUCAGGAGAAGAUGGAGAGAUCAUGGAGCGCUCCUCAGCAGAAGAUGGAGAGAUCAUGGAGCGCUCCUCAGGAGAAGAUGGAGAGAUCAUGGAGCGCUCCUCAGCAGAAGAUGGAGAGAUCAUGGAGCGCUCCUCAGGAGAAGAUGGAGGGAUCAUGGAGCGCUCCUCAGGAGAAGACCUCCUUACCCCUAAUGUCCAUCCACAUCUAUCCUAUAAUAAUCCACCUGAUCAUGAGGAACCUUCUCCUGACCAACCACACAUUGUUACCACAAGGACAGAUCAGAAAGGAGGGAAAGGUUUCUGUUGUGAGGAAUGUGGGAAACAAUUUACAAAAAGAUCAGAACUUAUUACUCACAGAAAAAGUCACACAGGAGAGAAGAUAUUCAGUAUAAAGCAAUCACAUCUUGUCAGACAUGAGAGAAGUCACACAGCCAAGAAGCCAAAUUCAUGUUCAGAAUGUGGGAAAUGUUUCCCAAGUAAAUCAGACCUUAUUAGGCAUCAGAGAACACACACAGGAGAGAAGCCGUAUUCAUGCCAAGAAUGUACCAAAUGUUUUACAAAUAAAUCACAGCUUGUUAUACAUGAGAGAAGACACACAGGAGAGAAGCCACCACAUUCAUGUUUGGAAUGUGGAAAAUGUUUCUCAACUAAAUCAUAUCUUGUUGUACAUGAGAGAAUUCACACAGGAGAGAAGCCAUAUUCAUGUUCAGAAUGUGAGAAAUGUUUCUCACGUAAAGCAAAGCUUGUUAGGCAUCAGAAGUGUCACAUAGGAGAAAAGCCAUUUUCAUGUGUGGAAUGUGGGAAAUGUUUUUCAACUAAAUCAUAUCUUGUUGUACAUGAGAGACUUCACACAGGAGAGAAGCCAUUUUCAUGUUCAGAAUGUGAGAAAUGUUUCUCACGUAAAGCAAAGCUUGUUAGGCAUGAGAGAAGUCACACAGCAGAGGAGCCGUAUUCAUGUUCAGAAUGUAGGAAAUGUUUUACAACUACUUCCCAGCUUAUUUUACAUCAGAGAAGUCACACAGGGGGAAAGUCACUAUCAUGUUCAAAAUGUGGGAAAUAUUUUAAAGAUAAAUUCCAUCUUGUUAGACAUGAGAGAACUCACACAGGAGAGAAGCCGUAUUCAUGUUUGAAAUGUGGGAAAUGUUUUAUAACUAAAUCACAUCUUCUUACACAUGAGAGAACUCACACAGGAGAGAAGCCGUAUUCAUGUUCGGAAUGUAGGAAAUGUUUUAUAACUAAAUCACAUUUUGUUACACAUGAGAGAACUCAUACAGGAGAGAAGCCAUUUUCAUGUUUAGAAUGUGAGAAAUGUUUUCCAAGCAAAGCAAGUCUUUGUAAACAUGAGAGAAUUCACAAAGGAGAGAAGCCACAUUCUUGCUUAGAAUGUGGAAAAUGUUUUAGAACUAAAGCAUGUCUUGUUAGACAUGAGAGAACUCACACAGUAGAGAAGCCAUUUUCAUGCUCAGAUUGUGGUAAAUGUUUCAAAACUAAAUCAUAUCUUGUUAUACAUGAGAGAACUCACACAGGAGAGAAGCCAUUUCCAUGCUCAGAGUGUGGGAAAUGUUUCAAAAUUAAAUCAUAUCUUGUUAGACAUGAGAGAACUCACACAGGAGAGAAGCGAUUUUCAUGCUCAAAGUGUGGGAAAUGUUUCAAAUUUAAAUCAUAUCUUGUUAGACAUGAGAGAACUCACACAGGAGAGAAGCCAUUUUCAUGCUCAGAUUGUGGGAAAUGUUUCAAAACUAAAGCACAUCUUGUUAGACAUGAGAGAAGUCACACAGGGGAGAAGAUAUUCUGACGUUUUAUGUUUAUAAAGAAAAUAAAUUUUAAAACUCAUCAGAAAAUUCAAAUAGAGAAGAAACCAUGUUUCUGUUAUAAAUAUAAACAAUGCUCCAAAAAGAAAAAAAAUGUCAACACAUCUGGUUCUUCAGACAUUAAACAUCCAGGAGAGGGUUUAAAGGGAACCUGUCCGCGCUAGUUUCCUCUUCACAACACACAAUCAGUUAUUUGAUAAUGUUUCCUCCCAUGGGGCUAUGAACGCCGUCCGAUCCCGAUAUCUUAAGGACAGUAAACAUGGAGAGUUGUGUGCACUGUAGUCACAUGGGCCACAAGUAGUCAUGUGGGCGGGCACCUCCUGAGAACUAGUCACCUAGUCAUGGCUGUAAUAACACCUACUGAGGUGUGACUGAUAAUCCAGAGAGCAUCCUCCAUCAUCUCCACUGUUCUGCCAUCUGCCCUAUGAUGUAGGGUUCUCUCUGGCUUCUCAUUCACCCCUCAUUAUUACAGCCAUGACCAGGUGACUGGUUCUCAGGAGGCCCCGCCCACAUGACUACUGGGACUCAUUUCA